UUUCCUUUCGUAAUCUCUCAAAAAUGAAUCAAGUUUGGGUAUUUUUUAAGCUAAUAGAAAUAUGCCUAGGCAGCCUCUGCAUGGCCUUCCAUGUGAUUGGCUCGCUCUAUUGGCCUGAGCCCAUAGCCCACAUUAUUGUCUACUGCGCCACCUUUGGCUCCUACACGCUGCUGGCCGCCUUGGGUGCCUUUCGGCUGCUGCUGACAAGGAGUUCGAUACUUUCAUCCGAGCUGCUGCUCACCGCCAGUGCCAUGGGCAUGCACUACUUCUGUGGCCUGCUGAUCAUGCGGAGUGCCAGGACGGAUGUGCAUUUGUUGGCCAUAAAUUCCACUUGGGCGUAUCUGGAGCAUCCGCAUUUUGCGCACUGCAAGCGGCAGAGCAUUGGGGCCUUGAUAACGGGCACCAUGUAUCUGAUGCACAUGUUCAUGCUGCUCGAUCUGCUGAUGCGCAUGCAGCCGGGUGAUUGGCGGCGUCAGGCCACAGGAGAGCUGCGUGUGGGCUUUCCAGAUCUUCUGGCGGAGCGUGCCACCGAUCUGUUUGUGCUGUCGAAGCCAGUGGAUGAUUUUCUGUGUCGUCGAUGCAAGUGCUAUGAGCGCCUGGCGCACUCCCAGCCGCUGCGAUUCAAGGACAUAGACGGCGAGGCGGAAGGAGUUGCGUUUAUGGAGAAGGUUUAUAAUUUAGUCAUUGGCAUACGGAAUGUCCUGUUCCGCGUGCAUCCUGUGGAGAGUGAGGAGAGCUUCUUGGAGACGCCCACAAUCACCACAAGCGAGGAGUCAAUGGCUCUUUAUGAGUCUUCGGUCUCCAUGGAGCAUGAAGAGGGGCGGGCACGCCACAAAGACUCUUGGACAUGGCGUGGCACGAGCGAUUCCUCCAGCCUUUGGGCAAAGAUCGAGGAUUGGAGUACGGCCAAUCAACCACUGACAGAUGAAUCUACCCUGAGGGAUGUGGACAGUCAGGAUACCAUGAUGGGAGACAUAAGAACUAGAAGCGAUCCCUUAUCGAGCGAAAGAAUAGCUGGUGAUUCGGAAGAAGAGGAACCAACAUUAAAGGAGGAAAGUCCUGUGCCAAGUGAAGGCAAUCAAGAGAUGAAUGGCUUCAUAGGUGAAGAUAUAACAUCAUUGGAGGAUAAGUCAGAAGAACAGGUUGCUGCCGCUCAAGGGAUGGAUAAAUCGAAGAAAAAAUCAACUGGGAAUAAAAUAAAGAAGAAAAAGAAAUCUAUUUUAGCGGCAGAAUCCCCCACUAAAAGUAAAGCAGAGCCUGAAAAUCUCCAGCCAAAGGAGUCUAAGGAAAAGGAAGACAAUUUCCAAGAAGUUUCUGCUGAGGAACCAACAGAAGAUCCACAAAAGGAGAGCAAGAAACUAACUUUUCAUAAAGAAACAAAGGAACAUUAGCGGAAAUUUCUACACUUAAAAUAUAGAACAGAAACCAAGGAAUGAUAGCAACUAGAGAAGUAAAUGCAAAGCAUUUUAAAUUAAUUAUAAAUAAAUUAAUUUGAGACGAAAGUUAAAGAGAUGAAUC